AGCUACUAGUUAUGGGAGACUGUUAAUUCUACGAAAAACAAGUUAUAGAAAUGUUGUAUACGACUUGCGUUGUGAUAAUUUUAGCAUCGGUUUGCAAUGCAUCAACUCAGAAUGUUCCAUCUGAGAUGGAAACGUUCACCAAUGUCAUGUUGAGUGAAGCAAAGAGACUUUGUCCGUUGGCAAACAUAUGUGGAAAUAACAACCUUACUGACGAGACCAAAAUCGAGACGGGGAAAAUUUCUUGUUGUGAGGAUUGUUCUUGCGAUGCAAAUUGCUCGAAGCGCGGGGACUGCUGUUUUCCUACUGAAGCUGAAAAGGUCGCAUUACUUGAUCAAAGAAAACAGCAGGAAUGUAUCGCUUCAGUAACUUUGGAUCUUCUUCCUGCCGAAUACACCAAGUAUAGAUUUUACUACAUGACAACUUCAUGUCCUGAUGAGCAAGAUUCUGGUCAAAAUAACACAUUCGACUGCGGGAAUGUUCAUGUUGCACCAUGGGGAAGCCUUUUUCCGAUUUAUUCUAAAUCCACAGGGAAGAUUUAUAAAAAUCGUGCGUGUGCAGAUUGUCAUGGAGUACGUGAUGGGGUUGAAUGGUUUGCUUACAUGAAUUGUAAAGCAGUGGAUAAAAGUCAAACUCGAUAUCUAACUGUCGCUGAAAAUAUCAAUCCGUUCUCUUACAACUCGUUCUCAGAAUACUGUCAAAUCUAUUUCACCCCCACACAAACGAUAGAUACAGAAAUAUGUUUUCCAGAUAUAAUUGAUACAUGCACUGACACAGAAGCAAUGAUUCCUGAAAUGUCUGAAAUGACUUCAAAUGAUGUUAUUGAAGCGUGUGUCAAUGGUGUUUUUGCACCGUUUCAUUCCCGCUAUACAUACGCCAAUGCGUUCUGUUUCUUAUGUAACGGUGGCGUCAUUUCCAUAGCUGAAAACUGCUUUAAAGUACAAGUCGAAAUUAUUUGGACCGCCCGAGAAUGA